UCACCGCCGCGCCGCGACUCGAGCAUACGCGUGUUGCGUUACACGAUCCCACGCGGCGAAACGAUCGAACGCGGCUCCACCGUACAAGUGACUCGAGAGGGAACCUCUCGUAAACCGACAAGAUUGCGUCUCAAGUGGAAAUGCCGUCGAGCCUGUUCGGAGAGCUGGGCGGCGGUGGGCUGGUGGAAGACCAGCGCGCCUACGCGCUCGCACUGGAACUCAGCAUGCUGAACUUUGGGGAUGCCCUGCCGUCAGCGAACCCGCUGGCGAGCCCGCUCGGAUUCGCGCCGCCGCCCGACGACCGCGCCAAGAAAUCCCAGAACAUGACGGAGUGUGUGCCCGUGCCAUCUUCGGAGCACGUCGCGGAGAUCGUCGGCAGACAAGGGUGCAAGAUCAAGGCGCUGCGCGCGAAGACCAACACCUACAUCAAGACCCCGGUGCGCGGAGAGGAGCCCGUGUUCGUGGUGACCGGGCGCAAGGAGGACGUGGCGCGCGCCAAGCGCGAGAUCCUCUCCGCCGCCGAGCACUUCUCGCAGAUCCGCGCGUCGCGCAAGUGCGGCGCCGCGCCGCCGCCGCCCGCGGGCGCGCCGGGCCACGUGACGGCGCAGGUGCGCGUGCCGUACCGCGUGGUGGGGCUGGUGGUGGGCCCCAAGGGCGCCACCAUCAAGCGCAUCCAGCACACCACGCACACGUACAUCGUGACGCCGUCGCGCGAGCGCGAGCCCGUGUUCGAGGUGACGGGCCUGCCCGAGAGCGUGGAGGCGGCGCGCAAGGAGAUCGAGGCGCACAUCGCGCUGCGCACGGGCGCGGCGGGCGCGGCGGGCGAGGCCGAGCCGCUGGCGCAGCUGUACCGCGCCGGGCUGGCGUCGCUGCUGCGGCCCGAGGAGGCGGCCUUCAGCUCGGCCGGCAGCUGCUCGUCGGGCGGCUCUUCGGGCCGGCUGGGCGACCUGCUGGGCAUCUGGUCGUCCACGGAGCGCGACGAAGGGCUGGGCGAGUCGCCGUCGUUCGAGUCGCCGGGCGCGGGCGGCGUGUGGGCGUGGGGCCCGCCGCGGCCGUCGCCCGCCGCGUCGCCGGCGCGCGCGUGCGCCGUGUGCGCCGAGCGCGGCGUGGCGGCGGCGCUGGUGCCGUGCGGACACAACCUGUUCUGCCUGGAGUGCGCGCAGCGGCUGGCGGCGGCGGCGCAGCCGUGCCCCGCGUGCGCCGCGCCCGCCAUGCAGGCCAUCCGCAUCCUGUCGUAAGCGCCCGCCGAGGCAGGACUGACCUUUUUUACUUAAAUCGUUACGAAAAUAUUAAAAAAAAAGUCGCGUAAUCGAAAUCCUGGUGCCAAAAGUCGGCGCCCCGCGCCCGCCGGCGCGGCCCGUCCGCCGGCCGCACUAGCGUAAGUCGGCAGAGUUACUCACGAUAUAUUUUCUUAUUAUGAACGUUUUUUAUUAGGUCGGCGAGCGCCCGCGCGCCCGCCGCCGCAGAGAGAGUCGAGGUACGUUACGAUAGAAUUUCGAAAAAAAGCAUAAAAUUUAAAAAAAGUUGUAUAAUUAUUAUUAUUGAUGAUAGCGUAAAUGAGAAAUCGAAAAAUUUAUAAAGCUUACCUAACGUAGUAGCGUAAAGUAUUAAGAUAUCGUAAUAUUAUUAUAAUUACUAUAGGCGAGGGACGGCGGCGCGGGGGGCGGGGCGCGGGGCCUAGCAAAUGUGUUGUUGAUAGGAAAUGUGCGUGCGGCGGUGAGCGCCGAGGCGCUGCGAGCGAGGCCGAGGCCGGAGCCGAGCGCCGAGUAGUGUCGAGUAGAGAAUGCCCCGCGCCGCGCGCCGCGCACCGCACCGCCCCCCCGCGCGCCAUGCUCAUUAUUUUGACUAUACGAUUAUUCGCUUAAAUGAUAUUAUACAUACGUACACACUAUGAUUAUGAUAAUAUUAAUAUAAUGUUUGUUUUAAGUGUGUUUUAAUGUUUAGAUUUUUAUUGUAAUGUUUUUAUGAAUGAUUUAUAUCUGUACGAUUAUUAUUAUUGAUUAUUAUUUUAUGUGUUGACGAUGUUUUUUUGUGAUUUGGCGCCCGCGCCGGCACGUCGCCGACACGUACCAGCACGUCGCCGGCACGUACCGGCACGUCGCGCGCGUGCCGCCGGCGCGGGCCGAGGCUGCUCGUUAGUGUUAAUAUCGAGUAAUAAAUUAAAGUAAUAAAUGAUAAAGAAAUAAUACGACUCAUUCAUUAUUAUUAUUAUUAUAUACUACAGUAGUUUGUAGCACGACAUUGACUAAUCAUUACCUAUUGAUACAUAUUAAGUAUUAUUAUUAUUAUUAUAUUGAAUAAAUUUAAAGAAUGCAUAAUUAUAUUUCAUAGGAAUCAUUAUUCUGUAUAACUCUAGUUAAAUAUAACGAUAAUAAAUAUAAACGGUAUUUGUAUCGGACGACGUUGUUAUUUCGUUUAACGGGGGGCUGUUUUUAUGAAUUGAUAUUUUUUUAUUUUUUUACCGUUAUUAGUUUUUGACUUACUCAUGUUACGAUACGCGAGAAUAAAAAAACUGCCUAUUAGAUUAUAUUUUGAAAAAUAAUGGUUGCGUAAAACCAGCCCCCGUCGUACGUAGGUCAGUGGUUUCGAUAUAAUUUUAUUUUCAUAAUAAAAUGGGUAGACGCUUUAGGUUCAAAUAACGUUGUGAAAAUUUGUGAAAUUUUGUAGACUACAUAUCUUAUUAUAAAUCUAAUAUAAACUAUAAAUUUCGA